GCUUGAAACGUCUCUGUUAAAUAUUAAAACGGUAGAAAAUUAUGCUCGUAUCUGUCUUGCCGCUGAGAAAAAAAACAUCCUUGGGCCACGAAACCAAACAGCAAGUCCGUUUUCGCAUCUGCAACUCGUCUCUUCAUCUUGCUCGCUUUUCUCGCCAAAAAACUGAUUGAACUCUCGUUUUCCGACUCAAAAUACACAGUGAAGGGAUGAGUUUUUAAUCAAAGAUCAUCAUUUCUAUUGUUUAUAAGGACAUGGCAGCGACACAACUUUGGACCAGGAAAUAUUUAUUCACCAUUUUAAACUUAUGCUCAAUGUUUGCUCUUCACGAUUUCAACGAUACUCCCGAGAAAAAUAAUUUGACCAAAUGUUGGAGUUACGAAAGGAGCAAACCAUUUUAUCACACCCCUGUUUUCAGAGUAAAAUCGUACGACGAGGAAAACCUAAGUUUCAAAAACUGCGGCCGGUGGAAUUUGCGCGACCACGACACGAUUCCUCCGUGGCAACUUUACCUCGCCGACGACGCGAACGGUUGCCACGUCGCACUCGUGUCCGACCGAAUCAUCAUUUCCAAUUUUUUUUGCGAUACCAUACGCGACAAAUACUUGAACAAGUCAAACGAAAUCCAAAUUUUUGGCGGCGAGUGCAGCCCUGGCGAAAGUUGCAAAUUGAAUCGCGGGUUGCUCAGCCAAAAGGUUCGUAAAUUGACAGAUGUAAAAGUAUCGCAUGGAAAGUUCUUUGAAAACUCAAUCCAAGUUUGGGAAGUGGAUCGAAUUCGCUUUUCCGACUCUUUGAUGCCGAUUUGUUUGUGGAACCAAAACAACCUCGACGACUGGAGACAAAAUUUCUCCCUGCCUGAAUAUCUCACGGGGAACUAUGGAGGAGACGUAAAUUACGUGCCGGAGGAAAAAUGUUACUUGGGGUCAAUCAAGGACGAGGAGUGUGAUCUUUAUGGAAAAUCUAUUUGCACGCAAGGAAAAGUCAUCGGAGCCCAUUUGAUGAUUUACCGAAACGGGCGCUUUUUCCUGCGAGGGGUGCUCAACAAUGCGCCGAAGGUAGACGGCCUUUGGCUCAUUCGGUGGCUCGACCUGCUGCCCUUCACCAGAAAAAUCGUCUCGGCAACGCCGGGACUGGUUAUGCUGCCCAAAAUUCCAAAGCCGAAGCCAAAAGUGGACUUUGGCGCGAUGCAGAGUUUUGCGGAUUGCGGACGCGUGUCGCGGCGUCGGGGCCGAGACGACAAAAGUCAGGGCUACGGGUUCGUGUUGGGCGGGGUGGGGGCGAGUCGCGGGUCGGCGCCGUGGCACGCCAGCCUCACCCUUUUCGACGACGCGGGCCCCGCCGUCACCGACUUCUGCGGCGCCACCCUCGUCUCCGCCAGAGCCCUCAUCACAGCGGCGCAUUGUUUGUUUGACGAGGACAACCGGAUGGUGGCAGCGCCGCGGCUCCGAAUCACGCUGGGCAUGAACGACGCGUCCAAUGACAAAGAAACUUCAAGACAACAAUUCAUGGCGGCCGAGAUUGUGCUUCACCCUGGCUAUGAUCAUUUGAGAAAGGACUUUAAAGACGACAUCGCCCUGAUUAUUCUGCCCCAAGACGAAAUCCGCCUGAACCAGUUUGUAUGUCCGGCGUGUUUGUGGAACGACGACUAUCAACUGGACAAAAUCGUCAACACGACCGGAAAAGUUUUUGGCUGGGGCUACACGGCCGAGCACAAGCAAGCCAGGGUUCUGCAGGAGGCGCGCUUGAAGGUCGCGUCCGUCGAGGAAUGCUACGAAAACAAACCGACUUUUUUCUCCGCCAAUUUGCGUCCGACCGAGAACUUUUGGGCCGGAUUUCCACACAACCAGACGACGGCGUGCAAGGGAGACAGUGGUGGAGGGCUCGUGUUUUUCUCGGACGACCGUUUUUUCUUGCGCGGCGUGGUGAGCAUGGGACGGGCGCGGACGGUGGCCACGGACGACGGCGCCCUCCUCCUCGUCACCUGCAACCCCGACUACUUCGCCCUCUACACCGACGUCACCAAUUACAUGCGCUGGAUCGUCGACAACGUGCCCGACGUCCAGCAGAACUCGAAUGGGAAAAAGGGACAAGGACAACUCGGCACAUCCAGCGGCGCCGCAAAAGUCAUCCUCAAAUUUGCUCUAAUCCUCUCUCUUCUUGUUCAAAUAAAAUUGUAAUUUAU